UCCAUACAAAUGGUGUACGGAUGCUAUGGUGUCCAACCUGGUGAUUGCCCAGCGAAAAUCGUCAGUCCUGUCCAGCCCGCCGUAAGCAUGAAACGCAAACAACGCAGAUACAGGACUACGUUCAACUCGUUGCAACUGCAGGAACUCGAGCGGGCCUUCCAGAGGACACAUUAUCCGGAUGUAUUUUUCCGCGAGGAGCUAGCCGUUAGAAUUGAGCUGACUGAAGCACGAGUUCAGGUGUGGUUCCAAAAUCGUCGCGCAAAAUGGAGGAAAAUGAAAAAGGUUCUUCGCGGGAAGAUGGGGAACCUAGUGACUGCGGUGCAGCGAAUGACCAGCGGGGGUUGGGGAAGUAAUAGUUCGGGAGUUUUGCGGAAUCCCGUUGAAGAAGUUGGUAUGGGCGUAGGUGGUUACGACAGCAUUGGACAGAACAUGAACUUGGGCAGUAUGUCGCUCAACCUGCAGGAGAAUACUUCCCAAGGUGCGGGAUUUGAUCCAGAGGGAAAGUUGUCCCUGGGGCAGAUGUCACCGGGACGAUUAUCGCCGAAUUUGUUCCUAAAUCUAAACUUUGACCACAUCAACCCGGUGGACGGACGGGGUGGAAACUUGACCUUUGAGUGGAACAGCUUCCCGACGGUCAGCUCAAGUGGAAAGCCAACUUCAACGUUUCCGAGUACGCUUACCGACAUAAAUGGGAUUAUGUGCAACGCUACGAGUAUAGGCUCAACCAUGACAUCAUCAGCAGGAAGUGCUGGUCCGUCAACGUCCGCUUCCGUGAACACCAACAGUGGGCUGCAUUAUCUCAACAUCAACAGUCUGAUAAACUCGUCGCCCCCAUCGUCCACAUCAGUGUAUGACGACGAAAUGAAGUUCUUGAACGUAGAUCAGUUUAACAUAGAUAACUUCAAAGCGAAUCGCUGUUCAACCUGGACCAGACUCUUUAGCGGGAGUGGACUACCGUUGCACCAGUAUACACAGCAACAUUCCCGCUUCGAUGCCGACGAGAAAGCACACCUUAGCUUAGAUCUACACAACUUCAAUCUUAAUGAUAGCAACGAUGCCAACGACCACCAUCACAACGAGUCGUCGUGCAAAACGGACAAGUCUUCCUCGGAACUGCUGGACCUGGAAAAGCCACCCAUCAACAUCAACAUCAACGUGGAUAGUUUGGACCACCUGGAUGACGACAAGUACUGAGGAAAAACUUUUCAAGAUGGCCGCCAAAAUAGCGGUGGCAAAGUGCCAAUGAAAAGUUCAGUUCUCCGGUGUCAACAACUUAGUUGAUCUGUCGUGGUUAUACAUUUAUUUCAAGCGAACAACCUAAAACCUGUUUGGAUAAUUGUGGUGUACAGUGUUACCUAAAUAAGCUAGUCAGCCCCUCAACUAUAAGCAAUAGAGAAUGCAAUUAAAUCUAGUCAAAUUGAGCAAAAGCCGACACUACGUUAAUGAAAAAAUAUAUAAUACUAAAUAGUUACCAAAAUGCCAAAAUGCCUUCAGAAAACCGUUAAACCAUUCUGUUGACUAGGAGAAACCAAAAAAGACAAUGAAGAAAAAAACGUUAUAUCGAUCGGGCUUUCCCAGUGUUCAAUCAAUCAAUGAGUACAGUGGAACCUCCUAUAUCUUGAAUAGCCGAGUAGAGUAGAGUACAAUUUAUGUUUUGUUUUAGUUGAGAAUAAAGUUCGAAGAAAUAAAGAACAA